GUUUUUGUACCGGAGGACAUAACAAAUCGACGGACAAGGGUUGCCCGAAAGUAAAUACCGGCUUACAGUCUGUUACAAUUAUAAAACAUGGAUGAAGAACCAGAGAGAGCAAAACGCUGGGAAGGAGGAUACGAACGAACAUGGGAGGUGCUGAAGGAGGAUGAAUCUGGAUCUCUCAAAGCUACUGUGGAGGACAUUCUUUUCCAGGCAAAGAGGAAAAGAGUGUUUGAGAGUCAUGGACAAGUUCGGCUUGGGAUGAUGCGGCACCUCUUUGUGAUCAUUGACUCAUCUAGAUCAAUGGAAGAUCAAGACCUAAAGCCUAACAGGCUCACCUCAACCUUGAAGCUGAUGGAGUAUUUUGUAGAGGAAUACUUUGACCAGAAUCCAAUCAGUCAGAUAGGGAUCAUUACCACCAAGAACAAGAGGGCGGAGAAGCUCACUGAUCUUGCAGGGAACCCUAAGAAGCAUACAGCAGCUCUGAAGAAAGCCGUGGACUCCACAUGUGUUGGCGAACCGUCUCUCUACAACUCUCUGAACUUGGCUAUGCAGACACUGAAACACAUGCCUGCUCAUACAAGCAAAGAGAUCCUGGUGGUUUUCAGCAGUCUUACCACCUGUGACCCAGCCAACAUCUAUGAGCUUAUCAAAACUCUGAAUGGUUUGAAGAUCAGAGUGUCUGUGAUCGGCCUGUCAGCAGAGGUUCGGGUGUGCACUAUUCUCACAAGAGAAACCGGAGGAUCCUACAAUGUGAUUCUGGAUGAGAGUCAUUUUAAAGAGCUGCUGAUGCUGCAUGUGAAGCCGCCUCCAGCCAGCUCCUCCUCAGAGUGCUCCCUCAUUCGCAUGGGUAAUCACACAGUCAUUGUCACCACAUUUACACAAUUGUUGAAAGUUCAACACCUAUUACUGGUAGCUAAAAGCUUAGUCAUAAAUUAG